AUGACUCACAACCUUCUCUUCUGCACAGCCGAAGAGGCCAAGCCCUUCGUCCCCAAGAUUCUUGCAUCUGAGCAGGCACAGGGGAUUUAUCCAUAUGCCCUUGUUGAGUCGAGUCAAGGGUUCCAGCCGGGACAGCCAUAUAGAGACCAGCUACGAAAAGAUGAUACGUUCAAUACUGAUUUCAUCGGCGCUUCUAUCAAUGACUGCGGGGCCUGGGCGCUGAGUAAGGAGAACAACAAGUACUUAUACACCGAUACCAUCAUUACUGUUGACGCACUGAGCGUAGAGGACGAAACGGUCACUUUAUGGGUUUAUCCCCUCCACCAAGACGCUCCCUUUCUACGCCGCGACCAGGAGCCUGAGAUUUGGUAUCCGUUUCGAGUCCAUUAUACAAAACUUUGGCCACUUUUGGUUGAGUUCUUGGACAUGGGUAGACCGGCUGAUACGUACGGGACAUUAUUCAUGCGCAACGAAGAAUUUACUGAUGCAAAUGGGGUUUUUGAUUUUGAUAAAGCCAAUGAGAUCAUCCUUACUGGAAAUGGAGGGUAA